AUGUUUUACCGUUAUACUUUGACACAACGCCCUCUACUAAGGUGUUGUAAAUUUGUAUAUACUGUUCAUGGUACAAGCAACUUUGCCACUUUAUCCAGUUCCACUCCAACAUUGUCUUCAUCAUAUAAUUUUCAACCUUCAAUACGGAAGAACCCGUUUACUCCCAAUACAAAUACCCAAGCUUCACAGGACCAACCAGUAGAUAUACUACGUGACUUGGACACCACAACAGAAAAUAGCCGUCUAAGUAACCCUCUAAACAAUGAUAAUAUAAACGCUAUAGAGAUACCCACCACCACAAAUGAACAAGACACUAUUCCUACCGCCGAAAUAAUAAAUAGGAUAAGUGAAAUAAUAGUGACAGAUACUAAAAGAGCAACUCAACUAUACAAGGGAGUUAAAGAUAAAUCGAAAAGAAAACUCAUUGGGUCUGAAUUAAUCAAGUUUUUUCGUAGUGAUAAAGUUAAAUUAUCAAUUUGGAGAUAUAUAAUUGAUCCUCGAGGUAGAAUAACAAGAAUGAGCAUUUUAAACGUGCUCAAUUCAAUUCUAGACACUUCAGAUAAAUUAAAUGGAAUGAAGAUUGAGAUAUUAUUAAAUUAUUUGCAUAAACUUUCAGCCACUAAUAAUAUAAAUACUGAUCCACUACUUUUAAGUAGUAAAAAAUUCCAUGAUUUACUCCGAUUAGUCCCUAGUGAAAAACAUGUCAUAUUAUACCUGUAUAUGGUGCAGCUAAAUAUCCAACCAGCUAUUAGAAGACAUAUGGAUGGUUUGAAAAAGAAACUAAUCAAUGAGUCGGCCAAAGCCAGAUUUGUUGCUCAAACAGGAUAUUUUUCUCCUAAAUGGCAUGAAUUAACAAAGACACAAUUCAAUGAAACUAAGAGAUUACAAAUGGUUAAUUUUUUUGCAAUAACUGAUUUUGAAAGGUUUGCCCAAAACAGUAUCAAGCAUAAUCAGCCAGCUAUGGCAUUGUAUUAUUUAAAUUGUAUGCUUACUAAAUUUGAACGAAAAUGCCUACAUGGUGCUAAAGUUGUUGAUAAUACUACUACAGAACAAGACAUACAGAUGCUACUAAAGACAGUGUUGAAUUUGGUGAUGAAGUUUAAAGGUGGAUCACAUGGCAUUGAUGUAUUGAAGUAUAUGAACAGUGAAAAUUUACGAGUCACAUUUGAUUUAUACUUGUCAUUACUACAAAAUUUGCGACAGUCAGAGAACUAUAAUGAAUUUGCAAUGGUCUUGAAUCAUUUGCCCUUGGAAGAAUUGUCUUAUGAACAAAAAGUGACGGUUGGUGUUGAGAUUUUAGCAAUGAUGCAAUCAAGAUUUCCAACAUCACCAAAAGUGAUUAUUGGAUAUGUUGGAGCAUUGUUUAAUGGAAGUGAUGCCUCUAAAAAUCAAGGGUUAGUUAUGUUAAACGAAUUACAAUUAUUGGAUAUACCCUUUGGAGCUGGUGGUGUAGCUAAAAUACCUUCUGUGGAUAUUGUGCAAAUUGCAACAAUCCAUUCACAGUUGAAAGGCUUGAGCAUGACUCAUGGUUGUUUACCAUAUAUAUACAACGUGACUUUGGAUUCAGUUGACAAUAUUUUAGAAUCACCUGAGUUAGUGUGGCAAUUGUACGAACGAUACCUGCAAUUUGUUCAGAGUUCAAGAUUGGAUAUAACUCGUGAUGACGUGAUUACAACAUUCCUCGACCAUUUGUUAAGAACUGGGGAUGGCUCUUCCUUUCCAGUGACACCUGCAAUUGAGAAUUAUAGAAUUGCAAAGAAGAUUACUAAAUUUUAUUACACAGUUCCAGAUAUCAAAAUUAGUUCGUUAAAUAUCGAGUUGUUAAUCCAAACGGCAUUAUUAAUCCACAAAGAUUAUUCAUUUGCAUUGGAAAUACUAAAGUUAUCCAGACAACGUGGGAAUCCAUUCACAUUUAAUCAAAUAUACCCCUUUAUCAAGUAUCAUUACGAUAACAAAGAUUAUUCCGAGGCUCGAGUCUGGUACAAUGAAUUAGUUAAACUGGGAGCUGGUUCCACUGGUAUCAUGUUGAGUGAACUUUUUGGAAUUGCUAAAGAAUUAGGCUGGCCAGUUAACAGCUGUACUUACAAGUUCAAUUUAACCAAAAGGAAAAGACACAAUAAAGAGGCAUUGGACGAGAUUCAAAAGGACUCAGCAAUGUUUAUUGAAAAAUCUAAUAUUGAUACAACAGGUAAUAAUCUUAAAGUUACCACUAAUAACGAUAAUAACGAUUUUGAAAAUGAAUUGGCAUCUAUUUUACAAAGUUUGAACCAAAAACUGGCAAGUUCAUAA